AUGCGCGUUCAUCCGGAACUCAUCCGCAGGUCCGCCGCAGCUAACACCGCUUCUAGCCACCGCCGCACGCCCCAAACCAUGGCGUCGCGAACCGUCAUUCCCAUCGACAAGAACUGGCAGUUCAAGCAGGCUGACAAGGAGGACAGCGAGCUCCUCGCCGCCAGCCAGUUCCCAACAAAUGUUCACCUUGACCUCAUCCACCACAAUAUUAUCCCCGAUCCGUUCAUCGGCAAAAACGAGCUUGACGUGCAGUGGAUCGGCGAAGUGCAAUGGCUGUACAAGACCACCUUCGCCUCUGAGGCCAUCCCCGAGGGCGCCAAGGCGAUCUUGGCCUUUGAAGGCCUUGACACAUUCGCUACCGUCGUGCUCAACGGCAAGACGAUCCUUGAGACGGAUAACAUGUUUACACCAGAGCGUGUCGAUGUCACAUCUGUCCUCCAAAAGGAUGGGGAAAACCAGCUCGAAAUCACCUUCGACAGUGCCUACCUGCGUGGCUGGAAGCUGGUAGAGAAGUACCCCGAUCACAAGUGGGGAUGCUGGAAUGGCGAUAACUCGAGGCUUGCAGUCCGGAAAGCUCAAUACCACUGGGGCUGGGAUUGGGGUCCGACUCUGCUGACCUGCGGACCGUGGAGGCCAAUCAACCUCGAAAUUUACGAGUCCCGUCUCUCCGACCUCUACUUCGAGACCACCGUUGACGACUCCCUCAAGAGUGCCAAGGUCGUUGCCCACGCCACGACCGAAGGCAAGGCCUCAAAGGUCCGCUUCGACGUGUCCCUCGAUGGCAAAGCGCUCGCCUCUGAGACAAUUGACGCCAGCGACGAUGCUACUAUCUCAGCAACCUUCCAGUUACAAGACCCCGCGCUGUGGUACCCCAUCCGCUACGGGAAGCAGCCCUUGUACACCGUGACUGCCAUCCUUCUAAGCGGCACCGACGAGGUCGACACCCUGUCCAAGAAGAUUGGCAUUCGCAAGGUUGAGCUGGUGCAAAGACCUGUCAAGGAACAGCCGGGAACAUCGUUCUUCUUCCAGGUCAACAACGUGCCCGUCUUCUGUGGUGGAAGUGACUGGAUCCCUGCCGACAACUUCAUCCCCCGCAUUAGCAAGGAGAGAUACUACGACUGGAUUCGGCUGCUGUCGGACGGCAACCAAUUCAUGGUUCGUGUUUGGGGCGGUGGCAUCUACGAGGAGCAGGCUUUCUACGAUGCUUGCGACGAAUACGGCAUCCUCGUGUGGCAAGACUUCAUGUUUGGGUGCGGCAACUACCCUACCUGGCCAGAGCUUCUGAAAUCUAUCGACAGAGAGGCGAGAGAAAACGUCAAGAUGCUGCGUCACCACCCUUCCAUUGUCAUCUGGGCGGGCAACAACGAGGACUACCAGUACGCAGAGAGCGAGAACCUGACGUACGACCUCGCAAAUAAGGACGCAGAGAGCUGGCUUAAGACGGACUUCCCAGCACGGUACAUUUAUGAGAAGAUCCUCGUCGAUACGUGUAAGGACCUCAUCCCCGAUACCUACUACCACUUUGGCAGUCCCUGGAGCGGUCAAGACACGAGAGAUCCUACGGUGGGCGAUCUCCACCAGUGGAACGUCUGGCACGGCACCCAAGAAAAAUACCAAAACUUUGACAAGCUCGUCGGCCGGUUUGUGUCAGAGUUCGGCAUGGAGGCCUUCCCCUCUGUCAAGACCAUUGAAGCAUACUUGCCCAAGGGUAAAGACGAUCCAGACCGCUACCCUCAAUCCUCAACCGUCGAUUUCCACAACAAGGCCGACGGCCACGAGCGUCGCAUUGCCUUGUACCUAGUAGAGAACUUCCGCUACGCUCCGGAUCCCUUGGAGCAAUUUGUGUACUGCACGCAGCUCAUGCAGGCCGAAUGCCUCGCCUCGGCUUACAGGUUGUGGAAGAGGCAGUGGAAGGGUCCCGGUAGGGAGUACUGCGGCGGAGCAUUGGUGUGGCAGAUCAAUGAUUGCUGGCCCGUGACUUCGUGGGCCAUCUGCGACUACUACCUACGUCCGAAGCAUGCCUACUUCACCGUCAAGCGCGAGAUGGCACCAAUCUCUAUUGGCAUCACCCGGACGGAACAUAAGCACCCCAAGGACAAGUACACGCGCGUCGACAUCGACACCAAGACGCAGAUUGAGAUCUGGGGCUCAAACCUUCAACUAGAAGACCUGACUGUCGACCUGCUCGUCAAGGCAUGGGACGUUGAGACAGGCGAGGAGACGUACUCCGAGAUUGUGGACAAGGACUUUGUCCUGCCUGAGAACAGGUCAACGGAGAUGGCCGCCUUUGAGGUCCCCGUGAGGCAAAGGGGCGACGAGGCGAAGACUGUUGUCGCAGCUUACUUGAUCCAGAACGGCGAGCAGAUUGCGCGGUACGUCAACUGGCCUGAGCCGCUCAAGUAUUUACACUUGCAGAAGCCCAAGAGCUUGAAGGCGACACUUGUUGAGGGCGAUGAUGUGGUGGAAAUUAGUGCCGAAGUGCCAGUCAAGGGUGUUGCGCUGGAGGCUGAGGAUGAUGGUGUGGUCUUCAGCGACAACUUGGUUGAUGUCGUCCCCGGUGAGGUUGUGAAGAUUGGAGUCAAGGGAGCGAGCAAGGAUACGAGAAUUGAGACGAGGUAUCUGGGUAUGGUCAACUAG